CCUCUCGCCCCUUCCGGCAGUGGCGGGCGGUUCCGGCGCGCGCCCGGGGCGGCGGUACGCCGGCGUGCGGAUUUUAGGGUGCGCGUCGGCCUAAGUGGACGCCGUGGCGGCCGCCAUGCAGCUGACGGUGAAGGCGCUCCAGGGCCGUGAGUGCAGCCUGCAGGUGUCGGAGGAUGAGCUGGUGUCCACGCUGAAACAUCUAGUCUCUGAGAAGCUGAACGUCCCGGUGCGCCAGCAGCGGCUGCUGUUCAAGGGCAAGGCACUGGCAGUCUCUUUUUGGGCAGAUGGGAAAAGACUCUCCGAUUACAGCAUUGGGCCUAAUUCCAAGCUCAACCUAGUGGUCAAACCACUGGAGAAGGUGUUACUGGAAGAAAGUGCCGUCCAGAAACUGGCCGAGGCCUCACCCCCAUGCCCACCUGCCUGGCAGCUGAUUGCCAAAGUCUUGGCACGCCACUUCAGUGCUGCAGAUGCCAACAGAGUCCUGGAUCAACUACAGAGGGAUUAUGAGAGGUCCCUGAGCCGCCUGACCCUGGAUGACAUCGAACGUUUAGCUAGCCGCUUCCUGCACCCCGAAGUCACUGAAGCUAUGGAGAAGGGUUUCUCCAAAUAGGAUUCACGGAGUGUGGGCAUGAACCCAGCCAGGCUGCAAGCUGCAUGUAGCAUUAAAUGUGUUCUCAUGUUGCAA